UAUGCCAUCCAUUACACGAAAGUACUGUACACAAGGUAGAAGAGGCCCAAGCGACAAAGUUCUGAUACCCGACUCGAGUCAGGGAACCUCGAUUGCGAAAGUAACUGAGGCUAAACCAUAUUUCGCGCACUCUAACGCAUAGAAUGGAGUCCGAUGCCUCAAGAAAGACAAUUUUAAGGCCAAUUUCAUCGCACAGGCUGGCGCUGGUCCAAGUUAGUUAUCAGAUACGUAGAUAGCUUCAGUGUAAGCAUUUAUGUACCUGUCAUGAGGCCCGUAGGCGUGUGAGCUGCGAGCGCGAGCACCUGUCCUUAAUACUGCCGUGCUGGCAGCCCCUCAACGUGAUACCUAUGAAGCUGAGACUCUGCUAUCAUUAUAUUUGCAAAAUGUGUAAGGCUGAACGGUUUCGCCGCAAGGGCGAAUAUGAACUUUCUUCGCGACGUCCAUCUGUCCGACGUCCAACGUACAGCCUUGACCCCCCAGCACCGGCACCCAGAUCCAAAUUACUUACUUAUCUGUAUCGCGCGGUGGGGGACGAUAUGACGGGUGUUGGUGCUGGGAGGUUGGCAGAUGACUCCACUUCCCGCUGGGCCGACCCCGACCCCGACCCCGACCCCGACCCCGACCCCGACCCCGACCCCGACCCCGACCCCGACCCCGACCCCGACCCCGACCCCGACCCCGACCCCGACCCCGACCCGGUCACCGGUCCGGGAGGUUGUGCGCACGCCAGCAUCCGCAGUACCUUUGGUCCAACGUUUGUUACGACUCUGGCACUCACUUCUUUCGUGAUGUUUAUUGCUAGCCUGGAGCUCGCGACGGCGUCUUGCAUUCGCAUUCACUCGCAAGCACUUCGUUAACAGGGCGUAUCAGGGAUAA